AGGCUUGCGGAUGAGUCACAAAAAUAACCCUGGAUCGUGAAUUUAUUUUGGACCACGGUCAUGUUUUGACUCGCCUGCGCCUGAAAAUGUAAAAUUUUCUUUUGAAUGUUCGAUGGAUGUAUCAAGUUAAUGCGUGAGAAGCGUAUGCAGAGCUUAACGAAGAGAGAUGAUUGAUAGCUGCAUGUACGUGUAGUCUACCAGGCAAGAUGUUUUCUGUUCGGAUUGUGACCCUCAACCACUACCAGGCACCCCCCAUUGAAGAUUUGGAUGUGACCUUCUCAGAGUUCAGGGGGUCAGAGGUCAGGCAGGUCCCAGUGAUCAGGGUCUUCGGCUCUACUCCAUCUGGCCAGAAAACCUGUCUGCAUGUCCAUGGAGUCUUCCCCUACAUCUACAUCCCCUACGAUGGCACCCAGCCAACUGACCGCUACCUCCAUCAGAUGGCCAGCAGUCUGGACACUGCCCUGCAGGUGGCCCAAGGGAAGGGCUCGUCCACUGUCCAGCAUGUCUUCAAGAUCUCCCUGGUCUCUGGCUUACCUCUUUAUGGAUACCACAAGUCAGAGAGGCAGUUUAUGAAAAUCUAUUUCUACAAUCCUGCUGUCAGAAGGAGGGCUGUUGAGCUUCUUCAGAAUGGUGCUGUCAUGAACAAAAUCUUCCAGCCUCACGAAUCACAUGUUCCUUUUAAUCUCCAGUUUCUGAUUGACUACAACCUGUAUGGAAUGAACAUGCUGAACCUAGCUGCAGUGAAGUUUCGGAGGCCAGAGGAGGCAACAGAUUCAUCCAAUCAAAAGCUUUCUUCACCCAAACCGUCCACAAGCUUCCAAGCCACCAGCCCACCCGGAGCACCCACCCCCCUGAGACGACGCCACAGCAGCAGCGGCAGCAUGAGCGUCUGCACCCAGGUGUGGGGGGAUGAGAACAUCCCCUCCUCCCAGUGGCUCGGGGAGGACGUCAAGAGGCAGAGCUGCUCUGAGCUGGAGGUGGACGGCGUCGCUGCCGAUAUCCUCAACAGGAUGGACCUGCAAGAUAAUGCUGAGACGAACCCAGGUCUUGUGGGUAUUUGGGAGGAUGAGAAACAGAGGAGAGAACAACUCGAUCAGAUGGAUCAACUUCUUCCUCCAUCAUCACCAGAGCGGGGAGAUAUUCCACUCUUGAGUGCAGAGAAGAAGUGGAAGACAAGGUUACAGGAGAUUGUGGAGAAGCAAGUUAAAGACCUGCAGGAAAUGGAGGGCCAGGUUACUAGCAGUGAAGAUGAGCCCAUGGACACAGAGAGUAGUGAAGAGGUCAUGCCACCCUCCCAAAUUAGUAUCCCUUGCACCCCUGCUAACGAAGUGGAAUAUCACUACUCACAAAAUCCAGCAGACAGUGAGCCCUCUCAGAGGCAGAGCUUCAGCGGUGAUGUUGCACCAGUCGUCAACGAGGAGUUGGUCUACUCCAUCCUGGAAGCAUCACAGAGAUUGUCACAGUCACAGGGACAAGAUACAUGUGAUGAAGAGCUUGCUAAUCUGCUGGUAGAUCUUGUUCAUGAGGAGGAGGAGGAAGACCUGGUACUAUCUGGGAGAAUGAGCACCCAAAGCUCCAGGGGAUUUCCAAAACCUUCUGGCAUCGAUAUAUCCGACUCUGAUGAUGAGGACAGUCCUGAGCUUGAGGCCCAGGCGGAGAAGGAGAUGUCACAGGCCUGGAUUGUUCUAGAUGAAGAGCUUGAGGAAGGAGAGCAGGCAGAGGAAGAUAAGAGCAGAAAGAGUAGACAACCAGCUGAUAUCAGUCAAAGUGCACAGUUAAAUGAGCUCAUUGGUGAGAUAGAGGAAGCAGGGGAUGAAGCAUCUCAGAGGUCAAGCCAGAGGUCAGGCCAGAGUGGGGAUGUGCCAAUACCUCAGCUAGAUGGAAGCUCGGACAUCAAUCCAGGGGAAGGUGAAAGGAAAGACAAAUCAAAGUCAGUUGUUGGUAGCGGCAGACAAGGAUCAAAGAGUCCUCGCAAGCAAGACAGUGCCGUAGGUUCUGAAAGGCCGUUGGCAGCAGACAAAAUUGCCAGGAAACCUCACAUGGCUGUUGAUGGUCCUCUAGGGGAUAUCUGUGAUGCCUUAGAGCCCUUGGAAGAAUCUCCUAAAAAGAAACGUGCUCCUGCCAGAAAGAAGAAGGGACUUUCAAUUGCCUCCAAAAGUACAAGAAGUCCAAGAAAACUCAUGAAUGGAAGACACGAUGAAGCUUCUCCUGUCUUUGAAAAGGCUGGUAAGGUCCAAAGAAGAAAGGCCAGUAAUUCUUCUAGAUCAGCAGGGAAACGGACCAAGCGGAUACUUCAAGGUGAAGGCAAAGUUGAGAACUCUCAUGAGAAUAGUUCACACAAACCUCUUGUUUCGCUUGGAAGAGGAAGAAUGGGAAGUAAGAGUCCACGUAAGUCAUCAGAAAGGGCUGACUUUCCCUUCUGCGCUGAAACAAUGUCCCGUAGUCCUCAGAAACCUCUGCAGGGGCCACUAGAAAAGUACUCUAAUGCCAUUGAAUACAAACUUGCACCUUGUUUUCAGUAUGCUGAAUCACUAAAGCCAAAAGAUUACAAAAGGUUACUACAAAGGGGUACCUCUCCCAGACCUAUGGAUACCAAGAAAAGGAGACAUAGGCAGCCAUCAGGAAAUGAAAAAUGUUCAACAACUAGCCCAAGACGAAAGAGACGUGGAUUGAAGAGCAAUUCCCCAAGAUUAAGAAGGAACAGUUCUAAGGUGGAAGAUGUUGACAAUCCUCCAUCAAGUGGAAGGAGGAGGAGAAACUCAACGAAAGAGGAAUCUCCCCAACAAAGCUCUAGUGCCACAAACAGCAGUGCUCUGAGAGUAAGGAGAACCAAUUCAGCGGUUUCUCCCAGGAGAAGAACCUCUCAGGAAUCUUCAAGGCUUCAGAGUGUGUCUUCAGAUGAAGACUUUAAAGAGAGUAAACCUCAUGCAUCAUUUCGAAGAGGGAAUACUGGAAACAAGGACACUCGUAAAAAGGUAGAGGAAGGGAAAUCGAGUAGGAAGAUGGCCAAGGGCAUAAGGUCAAAGAGAAGCUAUCGUCAAACGCCUGAUAUCCCAGAUGUUGUCAAAGACUGUUCUGUACCUAAGGAACCGGCCAGAUCUCCUGGUAAAAAUGGAAGUGGCAGGGGAGGAAAGAAGAGCCCUAGAAGGCGGCAGCAACAAAAUGAUAAACCAUUCAUCUCAGACAGAAUAAUCCGCAGCCCUCACAAACCAAUGGAAGGAGCUGUCUCGGUAUACAUUAAAGCCAUUGGCUAUAAGAUAGCACCUUUGUUUCAGUAUGCAGAGUCUGUUAAACCUAAGCCCAAAGUGGUCAUAGCUCCUUUGGAACUAUCCACAUCCCCCACGAACAUCCUAAAGAGAAGUAAUAGCAUAGCUGUCAGUGCCUGUGAGAAAUCUCCAAAGAUUCCAGCCAAUGUUGUCCGAAGAAUAAGUAUGCCAGUUGGAAGCUCCCCAGAUAAAUCAAUUCAAGGCCCAUCAAAAAGUCCAAAGGCUCAAAGAAGAACCAACAACCUAUUUGACAAAUCAUCCAGAUCUCCUGCCAAACAACGUAACAGAGAACCUGUGAAGGUUGCAAAGAGAAGCCGUCCAACAGCAAAGGCUGAAGUAAAAUUAUCUCCAAGGCAAAAGAGGAGCAGACCAGAAAAGUCUACAUCCUGUAUGGAAUUGGGCUCUGAAGAUCAGUCCCAGUCUCCUCUGUUAGAUCGAUCAUUUGUCUUUGAUAGUAUUCUGACUAGUCCAUCAACAGUGGGUAGGGGACAUAUGGGUCAAAGAAGUCCCAGGGAUUUGAGGAAGUUGGAAAGCAAAGGGUCACCUGUGCCUUCUUCCAAACAGAUUGGAAGAUCACCUCUGAAAGGUGUGAGGGAUCUUUCUGGUAAACUGGUGCAGAUUCAAGCAUCUGAUAACAGAACAAUCCAAGAUGGGGACUUUGGAGAAUUCAAGACUGAACGUAGAAAAAAAGCUAACCGUUUGAAGACUGACAAAAAGGAGAACCUAUCUGACAAAAGCAAAGAGGACAAAGAAAUGAAGCAUAAAAAGGCAAAACAACAGCGGUCCAAAGAUGAUAAGGGGACAAAAAGUACCACAUCCCAAGGAGAUCGAAAGAAAGAGCCAAGGGCGCGGAAAAAGAAAGACAAGAACCUAGAUGGAAGGAGCGAAAGAAGUAAAAAGAACAGAGGGCCUGAAGAAAAACCUGUGAAGAAGGGUCGAAAGCCUUCUGCAUUAAAAUUUCAUCCUGUCACUAUGCCAUUCGUGAGGCUGAGGGAAGCUACAUGGCCAAAGUUGAAAGCAUGCAAAGAACUCAAUCCCAAUCUCAUCUUGAGAAAGCUUUGCUUAGAUGAGGGAAGCUGGAGGGAAGUUGUCAGGAAUGCCCUCUACAGAGACCUCAAUCGACUGGCAAAGAGUAAAAGAAGUCUGGGAGAUGAGGAAAACACAGAUGCCAAAAGAGUCAAGAAUGGUAUUAGCACCCCUUGGGGGAAAGGCCCAGCAUCGUCAUCACCCAGAAAGGAACAGCUGAAAGCCAUAAUGGUUGCAAAACAAGGCAAGGAUAUCUACAAAAGAUUAAAAGGAGCAACUCCAAGGAGAAGAGCAAAGUCCAAGAUACAAGACAUCUAUGGGGGUGGUCCUGACAACAAAGUUUGGAACUUUGUUCCUCCGAUCACUCCUCCAGACGACGAGAUCACAAAGAACCCCAUUCCAGAGAUCUCAGAACUGAGCAAGGAUGAUUCUCGAGAUGUGAUGUGGCGGUUGGCAUGCUAUUCUCCACAGCGUCCAGAGAAGAUUAGUUCUCCGCCGAGAUGCUGGUCUCCACUGAGCAAGAUAUCUGAUACCGAAGAGGAAUACGAGGAGGAUGAUGAGUACAUAGACAAGGAAAAUGGAGUAGCGCCCCUGCCGGUUGAAAAUGUUGGGAAGGAGGAAGGGACAGUUGCUGUCCACACCUCUGAUAACGAAAUGGAUAUUAUUGAGAGAAACCUUGGGCAGAUUUCAGACUUUAGCGUCUAUGAAAAGAUGCUAGGCGGCACAACUGCAGGAAGGUCCCUUCAACAAGAGACAAAAUCAACCAAUGAUGAUUUUGCCCUGGAGCAUUUCCAGGAAGAUGUCUCUGGAAUCUUUAAUCACCUCCAUGGAAAUUUAGAGAAGGACGCCAUCUCUGAUGAAUUUGCCAAACUUGAUAAUUCUGUUCCCAACAGCCAUGUCAAUAGGAUGGAAAGGGGGAAGCAGAUACCAUCUCAACUCGGUCAAGUUUCUAAUCAACAUAGACGAACAAGCAAGGUUAAUGGUAGUCACUGUACUACUGAAGCCCAGGUUCACCAUCAUGCAACGAGUAGCCAAAGUCAGCAACUGGCACGAGAUAGUGCAAGCAAAUCUAGAGGACAUUCUGUACCACAGAGUAGUCCACUUCUACCUCAAAAUAAUAUCCCAAUGCAGGCUGCUUCUCAAUCCAAUUCUGAGGGAAGUGUGAGUAACAGUUCAUCUCAGAUUCCUCCGGGCCAGAAGCCUCCUCCAUAUUAUUCUGACAUAACCAACUCUGGAUCAUCAUCGCCAUAUACAGCUCAUUCUCCACGCAGCAUUGAGAGAAGUGCAAGCAACUCCAGCUCCAUUCAAUUCGCUGUCCAUAGCCAGGGUAAGACCUUGCAGACACCAGGAUCACAAGAACCAACAACCAUUCCAGAGACAGACUCUGAACAUAGUAGUGGCAGCCCUCCUCAGCAUCAGUACAACUCCAGUCAACCUACACAACUUACCACUCAAGGAAAUCACUCCAAAGAACCAGUUAUCCAUCCAGGAAACAGUACAAACAACCAAUCGGUGUACUACCACGGUGCUUCGCAUACAAGCCAAAGCAUGUACGACAUGUCCAGCCAUUCUCUUAAUCAGUCAACAGCCUAUACCAAUGAUAGGGUGUCAAACCAGAGUCAGGGCUUCAGCCAACCGCAUCUUCCGCCCUACCCGUCUCCAGGUAACAAUCAGGGAUACCCACCUCCGUACCCGUCCACCCAGUCCUCCUACCCCAACCCUCCAUCCCAAUCCCCUAACCACCAGCACCAGUCACCCAGUUCUGGAUCGCAGACCCAUGCUGCUUACAGAGUGCCCUAUCAACCGGGUCCCCAGCAGCACCCGUACCAAGACAGCAACGGAUCUACAGUCCCGGCAGCCAAGCCCAAGAUCUGGCGGCCUGUGGCUAUGCCUCCGACAGACACCAUGGUUAGGAGCAGCCUCCAGGAGUAUGGAUUGCCAGAGGUUCACCACCAAGGUGCAUACUGGGGAAAUCCUCAGGAUCAUGCUGGGAGACAGAGGGAGGGCCUUGGCCAAGCACAUGUUCAGACCAUGCUUCCCUCAUCACUGCAGCCUGCUGAAACCCCCUGUGGAACGAUGGGACUGAACCAUUGGCAGACAGUUGUCCAAUCACAGGGAGAGGCAUCAUCUUCCCAGGGCUAUCCCACUUCUCAUCAGGGGUACAACAGAGAUGCUGUGUGGAUGCCUUCAAAGUAUCCCCCACCUCGAGGAUCAGUGGCUGGAUGGCUGAAUACCAAACAGCCAGGAGAGCAGAGACAUGGCUUUAGGCAUGACAAUCCGGCUGCUCCUCCAGGGUACAAGCAGAAUCAUGAACAUGGGCAACAAGCUGUGACACUGCCACCUUCCUCACCAGGACAGAGUACGCCCUUCUUGCCACAACAACACAAUGGCAACCUGCCCAGCAAUCAGAACAACCACUACACAACACCCCAAGGACAGCAGGCACACAUGGAGAGUGAUGAUCGCAACAAUGCACCACAGCUACCACUUAGUGGCCAGCAAAAUGUGAUUCCGCCACAAGGCACUUCGCCCUUGCAACCUGGUGCUUACCCGUUACAGUCGUCGACCCAGCAACAAACUGCGACUCCUAGGCAACAGCCUCUACAAGCAACUCAACCAACGCCUGCUGCUGCAGAUAGUAAACAUCCAACAUCAUCUCUACAUGUAUCAGCCACAUCUUGUGGAAGCAGCAAUGGCAUCCCUGCUCAGGGACAACCUACAACAAGGGUUUGCCCCAAUGACCCCUCUACAGCUACCAACUCCAACAACCCAGCCACAACUCCUGGUGGCAAGCAGAAAACCAGACCCCAUAAAGGUUCCAGUAUGACUACUCCCGUGGCUGGGAUUCCUAGAGGGGCGCAGAGUUGUACCCCUCCUCUGUCAAGCACCCCACUCCGCCCGUUGUCAAGGACUGCUAUGAUGUCACAGGAACAACCUGGAGUGACUCCCAUUGCCAUGCAGAAGCCUACACCCCUCAUGGACCUUACCAAGAUGAAGCACCCUUCCCUUCCAUGCACUCCUGCACAGGUUACUCCAGACGCUGCACUGCGGAAGAAACGCUCGUUGACCUCUCAGAUUGAGGGACCGACCCCAAAGAAUACCUAUGGCUUCAAGGUCAGCCAGGGAAAUGUUCAAGAUGCAAAAGCUCUUCAUGUGGUUCAGCACCUGACCACCAUGAGUCUUGAAGUCCAUGCCCGUACAAGACGGGACUACCAUCCCGACCCUGAAUUUGACCCCAUACGAGCCAUAUUCUACUGCAUCCAUACAGAUGGCCCUGACAACAAAGCCCCACCCGGUAACCAUCACCGUGGCAAUGUCGAUGACCCCAAAGCUUCGGCAGAUGCAAGCAAAGACGUCAGUGAUGAGGGUCACAUCAGGGUCGGGGUGAUUAUGGUUGACCUCUCAAAGAAGGGGUCAAAGGGCGAUGGAGGGAACGUGACUGACUUGAAUGUGGUGACCCAGCGGGAUUGGAUGGCCAGGUCAGGGGUCAUGGGGAUAGAGGUCACGUAUGUGGAGGAAGAGAAGGAGAUGUUUGAGGAGUUUGUCAAACUUGUUAGGAGACAUGAUCCGGACAUGUUGGCAGGGUUUGAGAUUCAGCAGCUUUCAUGGGGUUACCUCUUCCAGAGAGCAGCUUUCCUUGAGGUACAGCUCUGUCAACUGAUCUCAAGAUUACCAGAUGAUAAGCGUGAGAGUCACUUUGCCGCAGAGAAAGAUGCGUACGGCGCCGACCACAUGUCAGAGAUCACAGUGGCUGGAAGGGUUGUCCUUAAUCUAUGGAGGAUAAUCAGGCACGAGGUGACUCUUAACAUCUACACCUUUGAGAAUGUUGCAUACCAUGUCCUUCACCAGCGGCUCCCUCUCUUUACGUUCCGCUCCUUGACCGACUGGUUUGACCACAUUACCGCGUGCUACAGGUGGAGGACAAUUGAGUACUAUGCUGACAGAGUGAAAGGGAACAUCCAACUUAUCAAGAAACUCGAUCUGAUUGGAAGGACCAGCGAGCUAGCCAGGCUCUUUGGUAUCGAGUUCUACUCUGUGCUAUCAAGAGGUUCUCAGUAUCGAGUCGAGUCCAUGAUGUUGCGGCAGGCUAAGGGCGGGAAUUACAUCGCCGUAUCGCCCAGUGUCCAGCAGAGGUCGCGGUCGAAGGCACCAGAGUGCAUCCCCCUCGUCAUGGAACCGGAGUCAAGAUUCUAUGAGGAUCCCGUCAUCGUGCUCGACUUCGCAUCCCUCUACCCGUCCAUGAUGAUCGCGUACAACUAUUGCUUCUCCACCUGUCUCGGCCGCGUGGAACAUCUUGCCCAAGGCGGUGAGUUUGUUUUGGGUUGUCGCACCCUCUCUAUCCCUCCUAAGCAACUGGACCAGCUCCUGGCCUCGGGUGGUGUCCACAUAGCCCCUAACGGUAUAGCCUUUGUGAAACACAGCGUCAGGAAUGGUGUCCUCCCCAGGAUGUUGGAUCAGAUUCUCAAUACAAGGACCAUGGUGAAGAAAGCACUUAAAGAUCACAGAGGAGACAAGGUGUUGGAGAGGAUGCUGGAUAACAGGCAGCUGGGGUUGAAGCUGAUAGCAAACGUGACCUAUGGCUACACGUCGGCUAACUUCUCUGGACGAAUGCCUUGUAUUGAGGUUGGUGACAGUGUGGUGAGGAAGGGGCGAGAGACCCUCGAGAGGGCCAUCAAGAUGGUCGAAACCACCGCUAAGUGGGACGCUAGAGUGGUUUAUGGAGACACAGACAGUUUGUUUGUGCUGGUGAAGGGCGCAACCAAAGCCAGAGCCUUUGAGAUUGGGAGAGAGAUCGUUGCAGCCGUUUCUGCGGAGAACCCUAAACCUGUCAAACUCAAGCUGGAGAAGGUGUACAAACCGUGUGUGCUUCAAGCCAAGAAGAGGUAUGUGGGAUACAAGUACGAGUCACCAGAUCAGAAAGAACCAGAGUUUGAUGCCAAAGGAAUAGAGACAGUGAGGAGAGACUCCUGCCCAGCAGUUGCAAAGAUCUUGGAGCGGUCGCUCAAAACCCUCUUUGAGACCAAGGACGUGUCAAAGGUCAAACGUUACGUACAGCAGCAGUUCCAGAAGCUCAACGCAGGUCAGAUCGGUCUACAAGAUCUCAUCUUUGCCAAAGAGUACAGGGGAAGACAGUACUAUAAACCAACCUCCUGUGUGCCAGCUUUGGAGAUCGCCAAGCGAAAACUUGCCGUUGACCGUCGGUCGGAGCCCAGGGUGAGCGAGAGGGUCCCCUACGUGGUGGUGCACGGUAGCCCCGGCUUACCCCUCAUCCAGCUGGUCCGUACCCCUCAGGAUUACCUCCAGGACCCCUCCUACAACCUCAACGCCCCUUACUACAUCACCAGGCAGAUCAUCCCGGCAUUGAACAGGGUGUUUGGCAUGAUGGCUGUAGAUACCUUGGAGUGGUACCAAGAACUGCCAAAGGUAGUCCACGUCAACACCGUCCCCAGCAAGGCUAAAGGGUCAGCUAAUGCCAGGAAGGGCACCAUCUCCCAGUACUUCUGCAGCCUGAACUGUGCAGUAUGCGAUCGUUUGACCCAGUCUGGUCUCUGUGAGGUAUGUCGGUCAAGCCCCCAGACAACGGUCACCUCAUUGAUGAAGAGGGUCCAGGAUUGGGAUCGAGCCAGGGCACAGAUAAACAAGAUCUGUACAAGCUGCUGUGGCUUUGCCGACAACAAGCAGCAUUGCGCCACCCUGGACUGCCCAAUCCGGUUCCAACUGGUCAAAACCGAACACAAGAUGGAGAAAGUGGAACACUUCCUCUCAUUGGUGCAAUCCAUAGACCCUCCUAGUACGUGAGCUCCGAUUGGCUGACUGUGUUACAUGUAUGUAUGUCUGUCCCUACCAAUCAAAUUGGGCCAUUGUGUUGUUCUCUGCAAUGAAGCUGGGAUCGAUUUGUCAGUGUACGAGUGUAUUUGUCCUGCAGUACAGGUGCAAAGAUUGAUUGAGAUACGUGUUCUUUUCUAAAAAGAUAUCCAGUAUCUUAAGUGUAUAUUACAGUAUGUGCCAUAUGUAGUUAUGAUAUAUUAAAUGCCAAGAACAUGUUUACAAUUCUCUGUGUAUUAACAGUAUACCUGUAUAGAACUUUCAGCAGUACUUUGCACUUGAAGCAUGGCAGAGGCUUGAAAAGAGUUGCUUACUGCAAUACCAUAAAGAACAAAUUCAACAGUCGUCAUAUUAAAACGUAAAAUUUCUUUAUGCAUUUUUGUGUCAAUCACUCUGGUGAUUUUUUAAUGUUUUUUAAAAUAAAUUGUACAUAUUACCUACAAGUACAGUGACUUAGCCAAAUUUGUGAAUGCACUUCACAAUAUGAGAUGUUACUUGAUUUGUGCAUUUGAUUUUGUUGCGUAAAAUAUUUUGAUUACAACGUUUGCUGCAUUUUAGGCCUACCUCCUUGUCCGCCAUAACAGUGUUCCUGUAAUUAUGAAUUGUGUACUUCUUUUAAGGAUAAGUUAAAAAGAAAUGUUUUCUAUUUAAAAAAUUCCCCUAAAUAGUAGCCCUCAUAUUGAGUCAUAAAUCGCAUUCAGAGGUUGCAGUACUCACCUUCAAACCUGGACAACACAUGGAUUUGAAACGCACUUCUGGUCAAGGAAGGUACAGUAAUCUAUCUAGAUUUUGAGGAUUAAUCCUUCACUGAAUAGGGACUAUUUAACUAAGAUCUGGACUAUUUAACAUACAUCUAAAGUUGAUUGCCAACCAUCUUGCUUAAUUCUUUGUAAUUGAACUAAGAUUUAACAAUUUGCCAUGAUGGGUGAACCGGUAUGCAUGUGCUAUACUGUGGCACCAACAACGAUGUAGGCUAAGGUCAAUAGGUAGCCCUGUUCUAGAAAUAGUAUCUUUAUUGAUGUUGAUAAUGAUAUGAACAUGCAGUUAUGAUUUUGCACUGAAAUAAGAGUAUAGAUACCGUGAAAUCUUGUUCAGUAUUUCCUUACAGUCUGUCACAGAGAGAUUUGUCCCAUUUGCUUGCCCUGCUGCGAAAUGAUAUUGCCUCUAGAUAUAGAUGUCACUAGAGCAAUAAAAUAUUCAACUUCAUUUUUAGUACUGAAAAACCACUACAUUUGCAUCAUGAACUUCGAAGAAUCAAUAAUGUUAGUCCAUUAAUAAGCUGCACAAUUUUUGAAGAAUCCGACCACUCGUUAAAUUCACAUAAUAUGUGUGCUCAUAAAAAUUCAUGUUUUUACAGGAGCUUAUAAAUUGUUUGAAUAGGAACAAUUAGCAUUAAGAUGAAGCAAAACAGAAUUUUUUUUUCGACACAUUUUUUCAGGAUAAAAGAGGCUUCAGAGUUUGAACCGUUCUGAGAGUGUAAACCUUAUGUUUGGAUAAACUUGACAUGGCUUGACUGAGUAAAUUAACUUUUUUUUUAGAUAUUCAAUAAGUGCUGCAAAAAAACAACAACAUUAAAAUCAAAUCAAAUUUAUUAGGUGCCAAAUAUAUGCAAUUUCUUUUGAUAACAGGAUUCACUGUCUCCAAGAAUUCUAUGCAUCUAUGUUUUGGUUGUUUUUGUUUAAAUCAGACGCGAAGCCGCUGCCAUUUUGUACUUACAUGUACCUUAUGUAUUUCUGAUUUAUUUCUAGUUCAAGAUGAAUUUGCACUCAUUAAUAAUUGUUCUUUCCCAUCCUACUGUCAUUUGUUUGAACCAUUUUUAUCCAUUGGUAAAGUAAAGUCAACAAAUGUUAUUGUUAUGUUCACCCUGGUUUUCAUGUGUUUUUGUUUUCUUCUAAUGAGUACUCGGUGCUCAUGUUUGAUAUCUGUGUACUGAUGUUUCCUGAAUCCAAAUCAAGGUUUCGGUGUCAUCAUCAUCAUCAUUAUCAUCAUCAUCUUCCAAGCUCAUCCAAGCAACUCCAUACUCAAACCUCAUUUGGCUUCCCUUGUGUUUUUAAAAUUGGUUUGUGACCUUUGAACCCAGUGAAGUGCCGAAUCGUUUUGGCGUUACAUUUAUGCGUUUCUUUGACUUUUUAUUUGUAACAUAUCAAUCUGAACUUGCAUUGUAAGAUUUGAUUAUUAUGGAAAUCUUACAACGUGAAAAUGUUUGUGAAAAAUGGGGUGUAUUAGUUAUCUAUUGCAAAUUACAAAUAUGUUGAGUAUUCUAGGAAAAUCAUUCUAGGAAAAAAAAAACUUUAGUGUACUAUUGCUCUCAAUCGAGUGCUGUAAAUACGUUUGUACAUUUAUAAUGUUGGUUUGAACAACGCACUGCAUCUUGUUGUAAAGGUUCUGUGUUUGUAUGUUUUUUUUAGUUUACUGACUUAUUUACUGUUUAUAAUCAGGUCACAAAGAUGUAUAUUAGGUUUGUUUUACUCCAUAUAGCUCUGAUACUGCUGUAAUGAAAUUGUCAUGAUCAUGUAUGCAUCUUGUAUUAUUUAGGUUGUUCAUGUGGAUUUGUUGUUGUUUUGAGAAGAAUUUUCACGUAAUAGGUAUUCACACUAUUUUGAUAGCAUUCACUGAAUAAAUGUUUACUCAAAUCAUUGCGUGUAUUUUUUUUGCAUCAAAAGUUACCAGCAAUUGUUCUAUAGUACCAAGGGAGCUAAUCUCCUUAAUCAUGAUGUUUUAUUUUGUUUGUUGCUAGGGAAUAUACCUAGCAUACAAUUUGUCAAUAUAUGAAUUUUGAAACUGGAAAGGUAAUUGGAAAAAAGUGAGCUAAAAUAUACAAUGGCGUGUACAGAUAUGUGUUGUACAAAAUCAAGAAUGAUGAAGAAGAUGAAAAAAGGGAAAGAAGAUUUUAUUUCCAUGCUCUUUUUCUUCUUUUAUGUUAUCAUUAAAGGUUUUUAGAUAGGGAUGUAUUUGUUACUGAAAAGUAAAUAUGAGGAUGUUCACCUGUGUAGAAAAGAAGAAAAAUCAAGCUCAUCGUGAUAUUUUUGUGCUGUUUCAUGGAACAUUGUAACCGAUAUAAUGUCCAUGUACCUUGUUUUAUUGUCUGAUUCGAGAUAUUGAUUUCUUCUUGUUUCUGUGUGUAUUCAUGAGUAUAUUAAAUUUCAAGUGUUUUAAUUAUGCCAACUGGUAAACAUCACUUUUUGUUGUAGAUAUGUAAAUGUAUGGGUUCUUUUCAGCCCCUGUGACAGUACAACUCCUAAAUUAAAUCAUUGAUUGAAAAAUUAAGUUUGUCAACCCAAAUGGGUAAUAUGACACAGAGAUAUUGAUCUGUUUUUGGCAGAGUUUAUGAGAAAGAGGUAGAUUGAUCAAGUUCAUGCACGUUUUAAAAUUGUAAUGGGUGAAGAACUGGUUGGAAUAUAAAAAAAAAUUAGUUGUAUAUUUGACUUAAAGGAAGGCUAUGUAGAAGUGUAUAUAUUUAGGAUGAAAUGUACAGCAAAAAACAUACAGUUUAGCAAGUUUCCUAGUAGAUUGUACACGUAGCCAGAGUAUCGGACCAAAAUGAUGUGUGUUAAUGUCGCAUUGCAUUAGUCGAUCAUAGACAUUGUUGUUACGAGUCAGAAACUAAAGAUGUGUACUUCAUGUUUUGUUGUCACAUAUUAUCUUUGUUUUAUGUUUUUACCACAACAGUAUUUGACAGGUGGAGCAUCUUGCUAUAUGUUUAAUCAUGUGGAUUAUAUUAGUAGAUGACAAUGUUGCUUGUGGUCUCCUCAAUAGGUUUAUUUGUUUUUUCUUUCGUCUCUCGUUUUGUUUUAUUUGUUGAGAUUAUUGACCAGUUUUAUCCUUCUUCCCGCUUACUUUGAUAUUCUUCAGUUGUGAAAAAAUUAUGAAAAGUAUUCAGGAAUAGAUUGUUGAUAACAAUAUCAUGUGCAACGAUCCAUAGCAGCCAAGCUGUGCUUGUGAGAGGAACACAUACUAUUUAAAGCUUGCCUAAACAUAGUGUUAUCGAUGUGAUAGUGACCCCGAUGAUUUGAGUGGCAUGUAUUUCGCAUUAUUCUUAAAUUUCUGCAAGUGAGCUCAACUUAUAGCGCUUGUAUGGCCAUACGAGUGGAGUGUCACCUUGGUGACGUUUACGUAUUACAUUUUGAUAUAGAAUUCCGUGGAGUAUAUAAGCAUUAUGAGCAAAUAUCACAGAAAAUUUGAUUAAUUUCUGCUUCCGUACACGUACUAUGCCGCUCAUGAUUACAAUGUAAUUGAAAGUGGUUGUCAACAGGAAGCAGACUUUUUUAUGUUCGCUAUUUUCUUGUCCCAUUGGCAUUUUCGUUUUCAGUUUACAAUUUUCAAUCAUAUUGCUUCUUUUAAUAUACAUUUUAAUUUGUAUUAAAUUAAGGAAAAGUGAAAGAAAGAAAUAAUUAGUGGCAAUUCAAGGGGCGAAGCCCAUUCAUAAAAUGCCUCCAUUUUCUUUCUAAAAAUGAGUGCCAACGCAACUUUGCCUCUAACAAAAUACGCACGUAAUCGUUUAGGACUUUAUUGAAAAGACUAUGUUGGUUUUUUGUGUCCACCGGUGCAAUAGAUACAUAUAUUACAUCAAAUUUUGUUUGGUUUACAGAGAAAUCACCAGUUAUUGAAGAGAACUAUAAGUGUUUCCCGUAUCUAUGUAUUUGAUGACCUUGAAAUAUUUAAAUGUGAGGUGGACCAGUAUGACAGUUAAUUGAUUGUUUUCUGCUGAUUUAAUUGGGGGCUCUUUGUUAUGUUGUAUUUUGUCAUCUAUUGAUUGUAGAUUCGUUGUUAAAAAAGAUGAGUAAUAGAGGCAUGUUUAUGGUAGGAGUUAAAUAAUCAUGAUUGUGGUAAAUAAUCAUCUGUUAGUGUUCAUCAACUUGUACUUAAUGUGUUUACGUUUUUUUUUCCUAGAGUAAUUCGUUUUCUAGAACAAUGCUCGUUGAAUUUUCCCUUCUGCAAAGGUGGAAACGUAGGGUGGACUUGUCGUUUAUGUACAUACAAACAUUAGGGGUCCCAGCGUUGAUCCCUGUGGAACUCCUCAAUGAACAAUACUUAAUGUACUUAAAACACAUGAAGGUUAUGUUCCAGCUUUAGCGUGACUGAUAUUGUAAACGAAACGUUUCGGCCUCUAGCGGGCUCGACGUUAAGGUGUUGUGGGAAAAAAGAAUCUAUGUUUUAAAUAGAUGUUUUGUGAACUGAAAAUAGAUCUCGUUUUGAAGGUUAUGUUAUUGUAUCGUCUGCGCAAACGAAUCAUGAUGUAAUGCCAUCUUAUAUUUUGUACAUUUUUGCGCUCGUGGUGAGUUCUACUUGUAGUGUUGUAAGGAUUGGAUAAGAAAGUUGUUUGGCUGAAAUAAAAGGCUUACUUUUGAAACGCCAA